AUGGCUGACAAGGAUUUAGAACAGCGAUUGCAACAGCUGACAUUGGAGAAUGCAGCUCUUCAACAGAAAUUGACUAACUUUGGGUCUGCAUCUGAAUCAUCACCCAAAUCUGAAGAACAAGCAGUGUGCAAGGUCGCCGUUAAGUUGCCACCUUUCUGGCCUGACAAACCAGCAGUAUGGUUCGGGCAGCAUGGAAGAGACUAUGAAAAAAUAGCGCUAGAUCAGCUGUCUAUACAAGAUGUUGAAAUUAGACCAUACGGACUUUUUAUAGAUCCCGAGAUUCCAUAUUUAGGAGCUACACCAGAUGGGCUUAUUAAAGAAGAAGCGAUAGUAGAUGUGAAAUGUCCUAUCUCAGCGCACAAGAUAUACGCA